GGAGAGAGUUCAGCAGGUGGAGGCUCUGCUAUGGAUCAGUGUGAGAACCGAGAGGAGGGAGCCCCCCCCUCUAAAAGCUCUGGGGAACAUGACCGCCAGACCAAAGCUCAGAGCCCAGAGCAAACACCACACUCUGCUGGACCUGGACCUGGAUCCACCUGUGUGUCCAUGAAGAGUGGCUGGUCUAUGGAUCCCCCUCUUACCUUGAAAUCUGGACGUCCUGCAGAAGGAAGGAAGCAGAAGAAGAGACAUAAACGUAAACCUAAACCUGGACCUGAAGAUGGACCUGGACCUGAACCUGGACCUGGACCUAAAGAUGGACCUGGACCUGAAGAUGGACCUGGACCUGAAGAUGGACCUAAAGAUGGACCUGAAGAUGGAUCUGGACCCAGCCGUAAAAGGAGAAGGAUCCAGCAGCAGAAACCUGGACCCAGCUGUGAGUCCAUGAAGAGUGACUUUUCUAUGGAGUCUCCUCUUUACUUUAAAGCUGGACAAAGUGCUGAUGAAAGGAUCCAGCAGCAGAGACCUGGACCCAGCUGUGAGUCCAUGAAGAGUGACUGGUCUAUGGAUCGUCCUAUUGUCUUUAAAUCUGGACAAAGUGCUGAUGAAAGAGUUCUGCAGGAGUUCUCAGAGGUUCCCAGUGAUCAGUCCGCCCCGAAGCAUCACACAGACCUGGACUCCAUAUUUAUGCUGCUGGAGGAGAACAUCGUGACUUUUGUGAAGAACGAGCUGAAGAAGAUCCAGAAGGCUCUGAGUUCAGAUUACCCAGAAGGCUUAGAGAGUCAGAGUGAGGAUGAGGAGGUGUUGGACGGUGAGGAUGAAGAGCAGAGGAGCAGCAGAGAGGCAGUUCUGAACAUCACCCUGCACUUCCUGAGGAGCAUGAAGCAGGAGGAGCUGGCUGAGCGUCUGCAGAGCAGAUCUCCUGCUGCAGUGUGCAGUAAACUCAAAUCCACCCUGAAGGAGAGGUUCCAGUGUGUGUUUGAGGGCAUCGCUAAAGCAGGAAACCAAACCCUUCUGAACCAGAUCUACACAGAGCUCUACAUCACAGAGGGGGGGUCUGCAGAGGUCAACAAUGAACAUGAGGUCAGACAGAUUGAAACAGCAUCCAGGAAACCACACAGACCAGAAACAACCAUCAGACAAGAAGACCUCUUUAAAGCCUCACCUGGAAGAGAUGCACCAAUCAGAGCAGUGAUGACAAAGGGCGUGGCUGGCAUUGGGAAAACAGUCUUAACACAGAAGUUCACUCUGGACUGGGCUGAAGGCAAAGCCAACCAGGACAUCCAGUUCAUAUUUCCAUUCACCUUCAGAGAGCUGAACGUGGUGAGAGAGAACAAGUACAGCUUGGUGGAACUUGUUCAUCACUUCUUCUCUGAAACCAGAGACGCAGGAAUCUGUAGGUUUGAUCAGUUCCCGGUCGUGUUCAUCUUUGACGGUCUGGAUGAGUGUCGACUUCCUCUGGACUUCCUCAACACUGAGAUCCUGACUGAUGUCACAGAGACCACCUCAGUGGAUGUGCUGCUGACAAACCUCAUCAGGGGGAAGCUGCUUCCCUCUGCUCGCCUCUGGAUAACCACACGACCUGCAGCAGCCAAUCAGAUCCCUCCUGAGUGUGUGGACAUGGUGACAGAGGUCCGAGGGUUCACUGACCCACAGAAGGAGGUUUACUUCAGGAAGAGAUUCAGAGAUCAGGAGCAGGCCGGCACCAUCAUCUCCCACAUCAAGACCUCACGAAGCCUCCACAUCAUGUGCCACAUCCCAGUCUUCUGCUGGAUCUCUGCUUCAGUUCUGGAGGAGGUGUUGAAAACCAGAGAGGGUGGAGAGCUGCCCAAGACCCUGACUGAGAUGUACAUCCACUUCCUGGUGGUUCAGUCCAAAGUCAAGAACAUCAAGUAUGAUGGAGGAGCUGAGACAGAUCCACACUGGAGUCCAAAGAGCAGGAAGAUGAUGGAGUCUCUGGGGAAACUGGCUUUUGAGCAGCUGCAGAAAGGCAACCUGAUCUUCUAUGAGUCCGACCUGACAGAGUGUGGCAUCGAUAUCAGAGCAGCCUCAGUGUACUCAGGAGUGUUCACACAGGUCUUUAGAGAGGAGAGAGGACUGUACCAGGACAAGGUGUUCUGCUUCGUCCAUCUGAGCGUUCAGGAGUUUCUGGCUGCUCUUCAUGUCCAUCUGACCUUCAUCACCUCUGGAGUCAACCUGCUGUCAGAAGAACCAACAACCUCCCAGCUGUAUGAGGUCAAACCUGAACUAACACAUCUCUACCAGAGUGCUGUGGACCAGGCCUUACAGAGUCCAAACGGACACCUGGACUUGUUCCUCCGCUUCCUCCUGGGUCUUUCACUGCAGACCAAUCAGAAACUCCUAAGAGGCCUGCUGACACAGACAGGAAGUGGCUCAGAGACUGAAGAGGAAACAGUCCAGUACAUUAAGACUAAGAUGGAUGAGGAUCUGUCUCCAGAGAGAAGCAUCAACCUGUUCCACUGUCUGAAUGAACUGAAUGAUCGUUCUCUAGUGAAGCAGAUCCAACGGUACCUGAGUUCAGGAAGUCUCUCCACAGAGAAUCUCUCUCCUGCUCAGUGGUCAGCUCUGGUCUUCAUCUUACUGUCAUCAGAAGAAGAUCUGCACGUGUUUGACCUGAAGAAAUACUCUGCCUCAGAGGAGGCUCUUCUGAGGCUGCUGCCAGUGGUCAAAGCCUCCAACAAAGCUAUACUGAGUGGCUGUAACCUGUCAGAGAGAAGCUGUGCAGCUCUGUCCUCAGUCCUCAGCUCCCAGUCCUCUAGUCUGAGAGAGUUGGACCUGAGAAACAACGACCUGCAGGAUUCAGGAGUGAAGCUGCUGUCUGCUGGACUGGAGAGUCCACACUGUGAACUGGAGACUCUCAGUCUGUCAGGCUGUCUGGUCACAGAGGAAGGCUGUGUUUCUCUGGCUUCAGCUCUGAGCUCCAACCCCUCCUCCCAUCUGAGAGAGCUGGACCUGAGCUACAAUCAUCCAGGAGACUCAGGGGAGAAGCUGCUGUCUGCUGGACUGGAGGAUCCACUCUGGAGACUGGAGACACUCAGGAUGGACCAUGGUGGACCGCAGUGGUUGAAACCUGGUGUGAGGAAGUAUGCCUGUGAACUGGAGCUGGACUCAAACACAGCUCACAGGAAACUCAAACUGUCUGAAGACAACAGGAAGGUGACAGCUGUGGAGGAGGAAGAGCCAUAUCCUGAUCAUCCAGAGAGGUUUGACUAUUACGAACAGCUGAUGUGUAGAGAAGCUCUCACUGGUCGCUGCUACUGGGAGGUCGAGUGGAGAGGAGAGGCUCAUAUAUCAGUGACUUACAGAGGAAUCAGCAGGAGAGGAAAGAGUGGGGGCUGUAGGUUUGGAUGGAAUGAUCAGUCCUGGAGUCUGAGAUACUCUGGUGGGGGUUACAAUGUCUGGCACAAUGAGAGAAGAACACGCACCUCCUCCUCCUCCCCCUCCUCCCCCUCCUCCUCCUCUGGUAGAGUAGCAGUGUAUCUGGAUCAUCCUGCUGGCUCUCUCUCCUUCUACAGAGUCUCCUCUGACUCACUGAUCCACCUCCACACCUUCAGAACCACAUUCACUGAACCUCUCUAUGCUGGGUUCAGGUUAUGGACUGGUUCCUCUUCAGUGUCUCUGUGUCCUCUGCAGGUCUGAGAGUCUUUCCUGAUGACAGAAACUGACUGAAGAUCAGCUGCUGAAAUCAGUUCAGUGUGUUCACCUUCACACAACAUCUGUCUCACACUCAACACAAUACAUUUAUCUGAUUCCAUCUCUGUGAAAAUCAACAUCUUAACUCUUAAUGAUAAACAUCAAAAAGUGUAGAAAUUACUAUCCCUGAGAUUUAUAUUUAGUUGAUCCCACAUGUUUUAGAGAAAUCUGUAAUUUGACUCAAGGUAAAGGUGCGUUUUCUCUGAUCUUUAUAAUAAUAAUAAUUAUUCAAACUCGCGCAGUGAUGAGCGGGCCCUUGCAUCUUACGCCGGUCGGCUUCCUGUCUCCCCACAGAUGCCCGGACGGCUUCAGACCCGUGCUGUCAUCAGGUGUGUCAAGUUUGGAGCAGAUCAGACAAUGUUUAGACGACUCUAAAAUUAGCCGUUUCUAAUUUCUCGAAAUUUCGCCUCCUCGACUGCUCGGUCCUCCGGUAGUGACCCGGAAAUUGAUGUCAGCAGGAUACACUGACGGCCCGUCCACACGGCGGCGUGCAUUGAAGCUUC